AUGGCUUGGAAGACAAGCUUAGAAAGUGAAGGAAGUCUGAAAGGUAAUUUUGCCCCAAUUCAACGUCAACGCAACCUAGAGCCAUGCACAUACUAUGGGACCAUUCCCGUUGAGCUCCAUGGUGGCCAGUAUGUUCGGAAUGGUGGGAAUCCGAGCUUCGGGGACGGCCUCGCUGGCCGAGUGCAUAUGUUUGAUGGUGAUGGCAUGCUCGCUGGUGUUUUAUUUCGAACAACUGAGCUUGGGAAGAUUGAACCCUGCUUUGUCAAUAAGUACAUCUUAACCGAUGUCUAUCUUGCUGCAAAGUCAAUGCCGUUUGCGCGUUCACCGAUACUGCCAAGUAUGGCGGCCCUAAUCAACCCAUUGACUUCUACACUCUCUACACUAUCAACGCUCUACCAACUUUGCCGGUUUCUGAUUCUCAUUCUUUGGUCUCACUUGAACGGCCACGGUGCACCAGUGCGCAAAAUCAGCGUCGCGAACACGGCGAUUGUGUACCAUGACAAGAGGACACUCGCGACUUGUCAGACUGGACCGCCGAUGAGGGUGCAGUUGCCAAGUUUGGAGACCGUCGAAUGGUACAAUGGAAGCUCAACCAACUAUGGGGAUACCACUCUUGAUUCCGGCAAAGAUUUACUCGGUCGCAAUGGACUACUUGGGUUUUUGAAGGAUUGGACUACCGCGCAUCCAUAUAUCGACCGAAUCACUGGGGAUUUUAUAUCAUUUCAGUCAUCUUUUCUUCCUCCUUUUGUCUGGUAUUCUGUCAUUCCUGGCGGAGAGGGAGAAAAGUCCCAAAAUUCGGGAUUGAAUGCCGCAAUCUCAGGCAUAUCAAAUCCGAAACUGAUGCACGAUUUUGGCGUGUCGCUCAAACAUACAGUUAUUAUGGAUCUGCCAAUGUCGUUAGAUCCCAUCAAUAUUCUGAGGGGGAGACCUAUAGUGCAUUACGAUCAAAAUUCGCCGUCGCGAUUUGGCAUUCUCCCCCGCCAUGACCCUGCUCUUAUUCGAUGGUUUGAAACAGAGGCCUGCUUUAUUUUCCAUACUGCCACCACUUGGGACGAAGUUACAAAGUCUGCGAGAGACGGCGAAGUAGAAGCAGUAAACAUGGUCGCAUGUCGCUACACUAGUGCCGAUAUGCUAUAUUCCAUGGCCUCCAUGAAUACAGGUUCGGUUCCGUCCUCCAAACGACAGGGAAGUGACAGCCGACUAUACUACUACAAGUUCCUACUGUCGGACCACACCCAAAACCACAUUACCCACCAAUGGGCGCUGUCUGCUAUCCCUUUUGAGAUGCCAGUCGUUUCACCCUCCACGGAUAAACCGAAGUUUGUAUAUGGGUGCUCUUCGAAGAAUAAAAUGUAUGGAUCAAAUACAGGCGAACCGAUGAAGAUCGAUUGCCUUGUCAAAAUGGAUAUUGAAACCUUGAUUCGCCAGGGAAUCGAGAAAAGAACAAAGGAAGUUGAUGGUUGUGUUGAUGAGAGACUCAUUGACGAAAUAUUAUCAAGUGAGGAUACCGAAGAUUGUAUCAAGGUGUUCCAAGCCCCGGAAGGGUGGUGUGCCCAAGAGCCGUGUUUCGUUCCUCGAAGUAAAGCUCAGUCUGAAGACGAUGGUUAUAUUUUGACUGUCAUGUUUGAUGAAGGCCAGUUGGAUAAGAAUGGAAGAGCUCUGGAAGACUCUAGAAGCGAACUAUGGAUCAUUGAAGCACUUGAUAUGAGAACUGUGGUGGCAAGGAUCUUCCUUCCGCAGAGGGUCCCGUAUGGAUUUCAUGGCAACUGGUUUACUCGCGAGCAGAUCAAGAUGCAAAGACCGUAUAAAUCUUUGCGCAAACACCAGUGGCCUAACUCAUAA